AUGGCCAGCCCCCCGCCCGCAGGCCCCCAAUUCUCGCUCAGCACCCCCGUGGGGCUCCCACUCGAGGUGAUUGAAAACAUCGUCGUCGACCACACCCCGCUCGAGCACAUUAUCCCGUGGCGCGCCGUUGCCAAGUGCUUCCAGAUCCGCGUCGAUAAACGCCUGAAGAGCUACUACGUGGAGCUCGUGCGCGACCCCUACCACUGCACCUGCAACUUCAUUUGCCAUGUCAUGCCAUGCACGCGUGACGGGCACACUGACCGGUCUGUUCUGUGCGCGGAGGACCUCCUGAAGGAAGGUGCCUUGGUCAAGGUCCUCCUAUGUGAGGACUUUUCGCACACGCUGGUCCUGAGCAAUGUGCUUAAGCGUCUUGGCACCGUACACACACUGCAGCGCACUGGGUACAUGCCCUUGGACACCCGACGUUUCCGUCAGCUCCCGGGCAUCACCACCGUUGUUGACUCUGUGGAUCUUACGACGCUCUAUGCGCCGUUCAUACCGCGAAAGGGACCGGAGUUUGUGCCUCCAGUGGGCCGUCCACGGCGGUCCCGUGGUGAAGCUAAAAGCCGGCUGCGCCUUCGGAUAAUGCUGGACAAGGCCACGGGUAAGAAGCACCACAUCGAGUAUUACCACUUGGUGGAAGUUCCCCCCACCGUUCGGCGGCACAUCGUCCACAUUUCGCUCUGCCAGGAGCUACGCGCCAACGACAGGCACUGGAUGAUGCACGAUCUCCGAUUCCAGCACCCACCAGGUCUGGGCGAGUUUCUCCUCGUCCUCUGGCCGCACUUUUGGCCCUUAUAUUGGUGUGAUCCCCCUCCGACAUAUCGGCCAUUCGCAAGCAUCCCCCAGACAUUCACCUCUCUUCUCGCCGCAGUCGCAACGUCUGCAUUGGAUGGCAGGCCCACGACCGUUGUCAGCGCCGACCGUCUCUCGCCGCUCCUUUUCAACGAGAACGCGGCACGCGCCGCCGACCCCACCGAUAUGGUGAACAAGGUCAAGGACAUCGUGCGACAGCGUAUGCGGCACGCCCUUGAGAAGGAGAACAACGACUCGAAGGAGACAAUGGAGGAGCGCCUCGAAAGGGCCUUUGAUCGCAUCCGAUUCAUAUCACUCGAGGCUUGGUGGGCCGAGCUUGGCGAGCCCCGACGCCGGUACGAGGGCUUUGCACUCGGCGGCGCCGGGAUCGAUAAACACGAGUCUUACUCACUUGAACUCGUUGCGCAGUACGUGGCGGCCCACCCGGGCGUGUGA